AUGAGUAAUUCGCGAGAGAGGCCUCGAGAGCGGCCCCGCCCGCGCUUUGCUCCCAUACCCAUUGAGACCACCUUCGAACGCUACCGCAAGACAGUCCCCCCCGGCGAGCUCACGCCCAGUCCCUCGCCGCGUUCCGCCUCGCCGCGGUCGCCCCGCGUGAAACGACGGUUUGCACCGCAGCUGGUCGAGUCGUCGGUCCGGAGAUCUCGCCGAGCAGGAGACGAGGGGCCCGCCACCAGGCCGACGGACAAGACAGAUAUCACACCCUACACUAACCACAUAUACGCCCCAAAACCACGCAGGCGUCCCAGCCACGAGCCGAGCCAUGAUGUCGUGCCGGUCACGCCUUCGAGGCAGAAGGGCCACGCCCGGCGGGAGUCGUGCGAUGACGAGAUUGCAGGCGGCGUCUUCGACCUGGUGGCUCGCGAUGCCCAGAGGAAGCUGCAGGAGGUGGCCAUGAGCGCCUUCCCCAACAGCGGGCAGCGCAUCGGGGGUGCCGAGCAUUUCUACGUACGGGAGGGGUCCGACGAUGACAGCCCCCGGGGGCGGACUACGGUCCGAGGCCCGUGGGCUCACCUGCAGUCGCGGCGGAACUCGUCCCAGGAAGACAUCAGCUGGGCGUUCAAGGAGAUGCAGGAGCAUGCCCAUCUGGUGAGCCGGGAAAUGGAACGCAUGUCCACGAUGGAUCUCGAUAACAUGAGCAUGGACAGCCCGCCGUGCGACGCCAUGGGCCUGACGAGAGGCCCCAGGGCGUCCAUGUCCAGUUCUCCCAUGUGGUCCUCGAGGAUGUCGUCGGGCUCGCUGGUCCCGAUCGGGGAGACGCACAUGCCGCUGCUUCGUGCCGAGUCCCCCCUCGCCACGAUCGGCGAGGCCGCCAUGCCGUACCUGCCUCCCGAGUCUCCGCUGAUGCGUCCCAUCGGCGAGUCGUACAUGCCCUACAUCCCCUCGGCUCCGCCGGGCAAGUCGGCAAACAUGCCAUAUGUCCCGGCCUCGCAGAUACCGGCCGAGACCAACUUCCAGACCUACUCGUCGCCCUUUUACUCGUACGGCCAGGAGAGAGAUCUGUCCCUGGAGCGGGCGCGCAACCAGCACCGCAUGCGGAUCAAGACCUCUCCGCCCAUGCUGGGCGACGACCUGACGUUCCGCAUGUGUCCGUCGCCUAAGAUGACGAAGCUGGAGCCGGACCAUCUGUGGGAUCUGGAAAAGGGCCAGACGGCAGAGCAGCAGAACCGCGAUCCUAGCGAACAGCGCGGUCUGUGGCGCGGGUAUUGCUUCACAAACGACCAGACGGAAAAGCUCGCCCGCGUAGAUCGACCGGCAAUGCUGCACACGCCGCUGCCUCUCCGGUUAGCAGAGGACCCGUUUUCUCAGGCGUUUGGGGCCACCGCUCCCGUCGACCAGAGCGAGCAGACGUCACCCACCGGUAGCGCGACGCGGGCCGGCACCGUUCCGCUGCCUGGCAAGAACGACAACGGACCGCAACACAUGCUGCGCCCAGGGCACCGGACACGCACGCAGGAGCCCAAGGGACUGCACAUGCUGCAGGGGCUGCAGAACCUGGACGAGCGGCUGCGAAAGGAGAAGGCGGCGGCAGAGCUUGAGGAGAAGAUUGCGGCCGAGUUUGACGACAAGUUCGUGACGCAGGUGUACAACUACCUGUCGCUGGGGUACCCGGCGCUCGCGCGGCAGUACGACGAGGAGCUGAGCAAGAUCAACCGGAUCAGCGUCGAAGAGCUCGAGCAGGACGACGACGCCAUCAUGGACCACCUCCCCGGCGGCAAGAAGACGCAGCCCACGGGGCACAUCAUGCUAGAUAGCGAAGAGAAGGAUGGCAUCCGUGAGGAGGACCGCUGUCCGCGGUGGAAGGCGCUGAAACUGUACAUCUACGAGUGGGCGCGGCAGCACCCCGAUCUCAACGCCAUCAGCCCGCUCGCGUGGGGUGUGCGAGAGCGGAGGGGGAGCUGGGGGAUAUAA